AUGGAUGUUGCUGUACUGACUCUGUUGGUAUGGCUGCUGCCGGUGGCAGUUACUGCUGGCGUUAUACGGAACCUCGAAGAAGAGCAGGAAGAGCCACGAUGCCGAACGUACACUCUCAACGACUUACUAUACUUGGAUUGUUCCGAUCUUGGACUUGCGGAAUUACCUGAGAAAUUGAAUUAUGACGCUCAAGCGGUGGUCUUGUCUAACAACAACUUCAUGUCUUUCCCUAGAGAACUUGAAAAUUUCUCCCGAGUCGAAAUUUUGGAUUUGUCAGGUAAUCGCCUAACGAGCCCGCUGCCGGCUUAUAUGAAGGGAUGGCAGAAUCUUCAUACUCUUAAUUUAUCCAAUAACAAUUACGAGACAUGGCUUUCUAGCGAUGAGGAAUACAACCUAAAAAGGCUAGACCUUUCUAAAAACAAAAUCAGCACCAUAGACGGGAGAGCAUUCGGUAAAAUGCCGAAUUUGUCUUUUCUCGAUUUAUCGGAAAACAGAAUUUACAAUUUGCCGCCAGAUGUCUUCUCUGACGCUAACAACUUGGACACACUUAUACUAUCUAGAAAUUACUUCUCAGAAGUGCCCAAAUUCCUGUCUCAGUCGCUGAGGAGUCUUAGCCUGAGCUAUUGUCAGAUAACAACUAUAGAUUCAACGGCACUUAUUGGCAUGCGUUCUUUACUUGAAGUCGACUUGUCCAUGAAUCAAAUAGAAGAUAUCCCGGACGGAAUCACAUCGAGUACGCUGCAGGAGCUCGAUUUAAGUUACAACGAAAUCAGUGUUAUAACGGACCAAACUUUCUCCGCGCUACCGCACCUGGCAGUGUUGGAUCUGAGAGGGAACGAGUUCAGGGAGGUAUGGCCGACCUCACGCUUCGCCUCGAAUCCGUUUCUGAGGGAAGUCCACGUGAAGGGGAACCGUUGGAGCUGCGAGGGGUUCAGCGUGAAUCUCUUAUUGACUUACGAGUUUUUGACGAAGGACCCGCCGAAGAUAGCGGACAGGGCUUCACUAAUUUGCUACUCACCGUCGAACGUCACGCAGCUCAGUUGGCAGCGUGCCUACAUAUUGACGUGGCACCCCAGCGAGACGUCAACGCAGACGUACACAAUGAUGGCGGUGUUCAUUGGUAUCAUCAUAGGAAUUGUGGCAACAUCGUGUGUUUGCAGGGGUUUGAUGACGAUCAACAAGCCCGACCCACCACGGCCCAACGCAGAGACCAGUGUCAUGAACACCAACAGUGUGAUUACUCAGCCCAGAGCUGAAAGCGUCGUCAUGAGGAUACCUCUUCGGGAAGACCUACCUCCGAGUUACGACGAAGCGCUUUUAAUGCCGCGCCUCAAUUCAUCAUUCCACUCUCUACCGGAUUUCGUCGACGAGGAAGACAAUCUUGAACGCCAAUGCCGAAGAUCCAGAUCAAUUGGUGACCUUACAGAGUCCAGGACUAGAGCAACAGACAGGCGAUCUAUAAGACGGACAGUCGAAAUACGCAUUAAC